AUGGCAAUGGUGCGAGCCUCCAAAAACAUUGUUUCUAAUGUUAGAGAAUUAAAACCCCGUAAAGAUACGUCGCGUAUUGAAGUUAGGAUUGUUCGGUUGUGGAGAAACUAUAACAAAGAAUCAGGAAACACCAUUGAAAUGGUUUUUGUUGAUAAAGAAGGGACAAGAAUUCAUGCUUCAGUUGGUGAACAACUCAUCAAAAAAUUCGAUGACAAGCUAUGCGAGGGAGAUGCGAUUGUCGUCCAGUUGUUCAAAGUGUACGAUGCUAUUGAUGAAUACCGUACAACGCCACAUCCGUACAAAAUUGGCUUCUUUCAAACAACAUUUGUUGGAAAAGCUGAUGAUUUUCCAAGUGCAGUUCCCAAAAAAUAUUUCGCGGACUUCUCCGAUAUUCUUGGUGGAAAUCUUGAUCAUAGCUGUUUGGUUGAUGUGGUUGGCCAAAUAGUUAACUUCGGAUCUCUGGAAAACAAAAUAAUAAAAGGAAAGGAUAACAUGAGGCUCUUGAUUGAGUUGCGUGACCCAAAUCUUCCUGAUGAUUCACUUGCUCUUACAAACAACGAUAGUAGCCAAUGGUCUGUUGGUACUGCUACAUCUAUUCGUGCCAGGUUUUUUGUUCUUAAUGAGAGGCUGGCCAUAAGAGAGAUCAUUGAUAGUACUCUGGUUGGCACUUUUGUCACUCUGGGGACUAUAGAAACAAUCCCUGUUCGAAAACGCGGCCAAAUCGGACGAUUACGCGCCACCGAGGCGCUUGGCGGUGGUGGGCCGUGGCGAUUCCGCCAUAGUCGGUUCAAAUUAAUUGCUCAUGUUAAGGACGACAGCGGUGAGACUAAUUUUCUUUUGUUUGAUGCUAAUGCUCAACAAAUUGUGCGUCAUUCUACCGCUGAACUCUAUGACGAGAAAGAAGAUGAAGACUUCUUACCAAAAGCAGUUAGCGAUCUCUUUGGUAAGAGAAGCUCUCAGUAUGUUGUUCGAUUGGCUACUGAUGACCGUGAAAUGGUUGAGGAAUUUGCUGAUUUGCCUCCUAAACCGGUCCUAAUGUUGGAGUCCGCAGAUGAUAUUUCCUCUGGUUCUGGUGGUUUUACAGCAACUCCUUUGUCCAAAAGAAAAAGCGAACAAGAUGAAGACAGUUGCCUUAAGGAUCAACACUCUGUUAACAAGAAACUCUCUCAAAAGAAAUUUAAGGGCGAGUGA